AUGCGAAAUUCGUCGAACGGAAAUUUGCGAUCUUCCCGGAAACGAGCCCCUUCUACCAGUCAGUCAGAAAUGUCAUCCAAUGACGAUACGCCGGAAGAAGAAUUUGACAAUACGGGAAUUCCCGAAAUCGCUCUCUCGGAUCGCCUAAUCUACCUGCUGGAGAAUGACCACAUUAAAGUAGAGAAAAAGAGGCGGCUGCUUAAAUUGCCUGCUUCCAUGAACGUAGUCCAAAUCCUGGAAAACUACGUUCGCCACUACGCCGCCAACCUAGAGAAUACGCCUCAUGUCGUCGCCGAUCACAGAAGCGACACGCACCUGAUCGACAGGGACCAGUACCACUUAGAGUUGGUGAUGGAGAUUGUCGAUGAUAUGAGGAUUUUGUUCGACCAUGUUUUGGAGAGUUUGCUGCUUUACUCGGCGGAGAAGUCGCAGUGCAAGAGAUUGAUGGAAAAUGCCACGAUUGGGAAUAAUUCUAGCCAAAAUCAAUCGCCCGAGCCGCCAAAAUCAGAGGAGAAGGUGUUUCAGCAGCCAUCAACUUCGCAAAAGAAAAGACCCAGAACUGCGGAUGCUCAAACCGUCGAGUACACGAAAAAAUGGCUCAUCCGAGGAGAAGAUUUAGGAAAAACAGGGAUCAUCAAGGACGACGAUGGAACCAGAAGAUCAUCGAGAAAUUACACUGUCCUUCAAUCGAAGGGCACGCGUGGAAUUCCAACUCCUCAAAAGGCUACCAAAGCUCAAGCAGAGAAAGAAGAAAAGCCGAAGAAAGAAGCUGAAAAGCGAGUUACUCGACGGCAACAACUCAGUACUGACUGUUGCAUCGAUUUGAACCCAAAGAUUUUCGUUCGAAGAACUAGUAUCACAACAGGAAACAAAAAGAAAGACUCGUCCAAAGCUGGAACUCCGGACACGAUCAAAUCUGACCAAUCUGAUCGGGCAAAUGAUUUGGAUUCCCCGCUCAAUAUGAUAGAGCACUUGUCUCCGAACCAGUUUAGCGACGCGAACGAAAUUCGCAAAACUAUGUCUCUCUCGAACAUCUGGAAGUGGCGAAUGCUUCCAAUCGGUUACAAACCGCCAGUCGUACCGCCAAGCUUGAUUUAUGGAGCGCAGCAUCUACUCCGCCUCUUUGUCGUUAUUCCUGAUCUUCUUCGAAAAAUGCGCUUGAAACGAAAUCGCAGGGAACUUCUUACAGACGUCCUCAAUGGACUGAUAAAUUUUCUCGAAGCGUACGACCAGGAUCUUUUCCAGGAAGUAGCAUACGAACUGGUAGCAAUCGAUCAAUAG